UAGUAAUGGUAUCAGUAGCAUCAGUAGCAUUAACAGUGAACACAGUAGUAAUGGUAUCAGUAGCAUUAACAGUGAAUACAGUAGUAAUGAUAUCAGUAGCAUUAACAGUGAAUACAGUAGUAAUGGUAUCAGUAGCAUCAGUAGCAUUAACAGUGAAUACAGUAGUAAUGGUAUCAGUAGCAUUAGUAGCAUUAACAGUGAAUACAGUAGUAAUGGCAUCAGUAGCAUCAGUAGCAUUAACAGUGAAUACAGUAGUAAUGGUAUCAGUAGCAUUAACAGUGAAUACAGUAGUAAUGGCAUUAGUAGCAUUAGUAGCAUUAACAGUGAAUACAGUAGUAAUGGUAUCAGUAGCAUCAGUAGCAUUAACAGUGAAUACAGUAGUAAUGGCAUCAGUAGCAUCAGUAGCAUUAACACUGAAUACAGUAGUAAUGGUAUCAGUAGCAUUAACAGUGAACACAGUAGUAAUGGUAUCAGUAGCAUCAUUAGCAUUAACAGUGAAUACAGUAGUAAUGGUAUCAGUAGCAUUAACAGUGAAUACAGUAGUAAUGGCAUCAGUAGCAUCAGUAGCAUUAACAGUGAAUACAGUAGUAAUGGUAUCAGUAGCAUCAUUAGCAUUAACAGUGAAUACAGUAGUAAUGGUAUCAGUAGCAUUAGUAGCAUUAACAGUGAAUACAGUAGUAAUAGCAUCAGUAGCAUUAACAGUGAAUACAGUAGUAAUGGUAUCAGUAGCAUCAUUAGCAUUAACAGUGAAUACAGUAGUAAUGGUAUCAGUAGCAUCAUUAGCAUUAACAGUGAAUACAGUAGUAAUGGUAUCAGUAGCAUUAGUAGCAUUAACAGUGAAUACAGUAGUAAUGGCAUCAGUAGCAUCAGUAGCAUUAACAGUGAAUACAGUAGUAAUGGUAUCAGUAGCAUCAUUAGCAUUAACAGUGAAUACAGUAGUAAUGGUAUCAGUAGCAUCAUUAGCAUUAACAGUGAAUACAGUAGUAAUGGUAUCAGUAGCAUCAUUAGCAUUAACAGUGAAUACAGUAGUAAUGGUAUCAUUAGCAUUAACAGUGAAUACAGUAGUAAUGGUAUCAGUAGCAUCAUUAACAUUAACAGUGAAUACAGUAGUAAUGGUAUCAGUAGCAUUAACAGUGAAUACAGUAGUAAUGGUAUCAGUAGCAUUAACAGUGAAUACAGUAGUAAUGGUAUCAGUAGCAUUAGUAACAUUAACAGUGAACACAGUAGUAAUAGUAUCAGUAGCAUCAUUAGCAUUAACAGUGAAUACAGUAGUAAUAGUAUCAGUAGCAUCAUUAGCAUUAACAGUGAAUACAGUAGUAAUGGUAUCAGUAGCAUUAGUAGCAUUAACACUGAAUACAGUAGUAAUGGUAUCAGUAGCAUCAGUAGCAUUAACAGUGAAUACAGUAGUAAUGGUAUCAGUAGCAUUAGUAACAUUAACACUGAAUACAGUAGUAAUGGUAUCAGUAGCAUCAGUAGCAUUAACAGUGAAUACAGUAGUAAUGGUAUCAGUAGCAUUAGUAACAUUAACAGUGAACACAGUAGUAAUAGUAUCAGUAGCAUCAUUAGCAUUAACAGUGAAUACAGUAGUAAUGGUAUCAGUAGCAUUAGUAGCAUUAACACUGAAUACAGUAGUAAUGGUAUCAGUAGCAUCAGUAGCAUUAACAGUGAA